AUGUCGACCGUCUUCGCCUCCCUGGUACGCCCACCCAAGCUGCGACGCGCUUCCGCAGCUACGCAGCCCGCGGCCCAGCCUCCGCCCUCGAUCGACAGUCAUGGUCUCGACGAGCCCGACCUGCGCGACCUCAAUGCCGCCCUGCAAGCGCUUACGGAUAUCUUCCCCGACCUGCAACCCGAGGUUUUCCGAGAGAUGCUGUCUACUUUUAGCGAAGAGAGCAGGCUGCAAGUCGUCACCGAGACGCUCUUGAAGCAUGGCGACAAGUACGUGCGGGGCCGGUACAGGAAGCCUGCUGAGCAGGAAGAGCAGCGGGAGACGGCGCAGAAGUACAAAUACCGCAAAGAAGACGCACCGAGGGAUACUCGAGGCAUACCCCUUGCGCUGGAAGAGAAGUUCCGGUCACGACGGUAUAAGGAGGCUGCCAAAGAAGCGCUGUAUCAGGAAUUCAAAGGCCUGAGCCACUCGACCAUCAAGGCUGUGCUGGCUGAAUACAACUACAGCUAUACGCAUGCACGACCGACGCUAUUGGAUCUGUCAACUAGAAGCUGGAGGUCCAGCAUCACCAACUUCCUGAUGCGCCGGAAGGCGCCGACGGCCAGUGAUCACCCCCUGGUCAUAUGGACUCCCGCCGACGAACGCCUGAACCGUCCGUCUAUGCCACUUCUCGUAAAGACUCGAAGCGACGAGCUGAACCAGGAGCUGUACAACGCACUCAUUGUACCGGAACAUGAGAAACACCGGAACGCGCAAUUGCGACAGGACUAUGACUUGGCCAUGCAAUGGAACGAAGAGGAGGCCGAGCGUGAAGGCGAAAUGUACGACUGCGAAUGCUGCUUCAUACCCAACACGCUUCAGCAGAUGUCGACCUGCGAUAUCGAUGGCCACUACAUCUGCUUCCGUUGCAUACGGCAUGCUAUCAACGCUGCCCUCUACGACCAGGGCUGGGCGCGUAACAUCAACACGGACCUGUGUACCCUGAAAUGCAUAGCGCCUAUGACCGGUGGCUCCGAAGAGUGUCGUGGCUGCAUACCCUUCUCGUUUGUGAAGCGCGCUCUUCUGGAAGAGCAAGAUGGAAAGGACAACCUGAACAAACUCAACGAGCGCUUCGCUAGCGAUGCACUGACCAGAUCUCAGCUACCACUCGUACAGUGUCCCUUCUGCUCGUAUGCGGAGUUGGAUGACCUCGCGCUUCCAGAUACCAACCUCUUCGCCAGCCUACGUUUCAAAUCCCGCCCACUCAUACUGGCUUCGCUGGCAUCGGGUCUUGCGAAUGAGGGCUAUCAACACUUCUGUGGACACUUCCGCGAACGGCCCGGACAGCCAUGCGGCGAGUGCAACAAAUGUGAUCUAUACCGCGUAGAGGACGAAGAGAGGGUGGUCAAGAGGGCCAAAGAUAGGGCCGAAGCAGAGUGGUGGGAGGCGCAGGGCGAUGGUGCGAAAGAAGGACUGCAGAAAGAGGUUGGGAAGAACGAGGGCUCUGCGGCGAAAGGGGUUGCGGGGCUGAAGAGGGGAAAUUGGGAAGCCUGGAUCGAAGGCGUACUGGAUAGUGUGCUUGUUUAA